AUGGUGAGGCUCCGGGCGCCGGCCACGCCGCGCUGCGCCAGCUUGGUUCCCGCUCAGAGGGCAGGAAGCGGAAAAACGCGUCGGGGCAGGAUUUGCGAAUUGGCGGGCAAGAGCUCGUUUGCUCCCGUGCUCCUGUGCUCUUACGCAAUCUUAAGCGGAUGCUGUGAGCGGCGGGGGCACCCUUGCGUCCGCGCCGCUAAAUUUGCGCCGCCCUGCCGCGCUUUGGCUUUUCGCCCUCUGCGGGAAGCGUGGUAUCGAAUUCGAACCACGGCGUCCGCUGACGGCGCGGCGGUCGUCAAAUGGGUCUUGCGUCUGUGGUACGUUUCUGGGAGGCGCCUGAAGGGCAGAUCGUCUGCAAGGAAGCUCGGGUUGACGGGCGGAAAUAUUUCCGCCUCCCGUUUUUUUGACAUUGAUGUCGCGCCCAAGCUUGGCAAUGCUGCGCUGCAGCAAAGCUACAGGAAGACAAUCGCGGCUCGGAGGGAGAAGAAGAACCGCACUGGCCUCACAGAGGAGCAGAAGCAGGAGAUCCGGGAAGCCUUUGAUCUGUUCGACACAGAUGGAUCCGGUACCAUCGAUGCCAAGGAGCUGAAGGUUGCCAUGAGGGCACUCGGCUUCGAGCCAAAGAAGGAGGAAAUCAAGAAGAUGAUUGCGGACAUUGACAAAGAUGGUUCGGGCACAAUCGACUUUGAAGAAUUCCUGCAGAUGAUGACCGCCAAGAUGUCCGAGCGGGACUCUCGAGAAGAGAUCAUGAAGGCGUUCCGGCUGUUCGACGACGACAACACAGGGAAGAUUUCCUUCAAGAAUCUGAAGCGCGUCGCCAAGGAGCUGGGGGAAAAUAUGACGGACGAGGAGCUGCAAGAAAUGAUUGACGAGGCGGAUCGCGACGGCGAUGGGGAGGUCAACGAAGAGGAGUUUUUCCGCAUCAUGAAGAAGACAUCCUUGUUUUGA